CAUAGCGGAAGAGAAUGUAUACAAUAGCAAUCUAAAAAUCAAUUAAGUUAUGAAAAAAAGCCCAUUAAUUGCCUUUCUUUGUGGCCGAUGUUGUUAUGGAAUGGCGGAUAGCUAGCAUUUCAAGAUUUAUGGCUAGCAAGCAAGCAAGCUAACUCCAGGCUAUUCGUGUUUUGGAUGUCAUUCGAUUUUGCAACACCUCUGUCCUAUGGGGUUGUUGACAUUCCUGUGCAAGCGACUCUAAAACGUGUUUAUUCACACAAACCCGUGCCUUUAAAUUUAGUAAAGAUGUCAAAUUGCUAACAAUGAGCUGAUAGAUACAUGAGGCAUCGUGAAGCAGGUGCAUGACCAGAGAGGCUGACUGGAAGAUGCCAAGAAGAAAACAGCAGAAUCCACAACCUGUAAAGUUGGAUUCUGAAGAUGAUAUAGGACUUGAAACAGCAGCAAGCCUCACCUUUGAGAGUGAUCUCAUCCUGGGACAAGAUCUUGAUUUUACAAACUCAGACAAUGAUGGAAAAGGCAUAGGGCUGGAUAGAUACACAGCUGACCUGGGCUUGCCCGUGUUCUCCCUGGCCGACGAGGAAAGCUCCUCCUACAGCCGCCUGAGCAUGGAGAGCGACACCGAAGAGCCUCGCAGCGAACGUGACGCACUCACCACCUCCGCCGCCAACGCAUCUGCCUCCACGACCCCCUCCUCCGAGUCGGCCUUCCCCUCCUACCUGGCCUGCAGGGCCUGCGGACGGCUGUCGGAGGACCCCUUAGGGACCGGCCUGGACCUUGUGGGCCCCUACUGCCUACACUGCUGCAAGGCUGGGAGCCUGGGAGUAAGAGAGGGGCCCGGGGGUUACCGGAGGGCCGCUGGGGGUCCCGCCGCCUCGAGGUCGGAGGCGGCAGCGGAAGGGCUGAUGGACAGGGAGGGGCUGGGGUUGGUCGCCGGCGACGACGGCUCGCUGCUGAAGCUGCACUCGUGCCACCUGUGCGGCUUCUCGUCGCGCUACGCCAACCACGUCAAGCGGCACAUGAAGACGCACAAUGGCGAGAAGCCGUACCGCUGCCCGCUGUGCACGUACGCCUCGGCACAGCUGGUCAAUUUGCAGCGACACCUGCGCAUCCACACCGGCGAAAAGCCCUACAAGUGCCAGAGCUGCACCUUUGCCUGCAGCUCCCUCGGCAACCUCAAGAGGCACCAGCGUAUGCACUCCGCCACUGGGGGUGCCACAGUCACCGCUGGCAUGGUCGCGCCACCUGCUUCUUCUUCUGCUGCUGCUGCUGCACCCAGCCCUGGAGGGCAGCAGCAGGGAGGGGGCGGCCGAGUCACCAGUGGCCCACGGAGGAGUGCCGUCAGUGGGGGACACAGUCUCCGGAGGCCCCUUAGGAGCCACAGAGCCAGGAGGGAGGCAGCUAGGACGAGUAAUAAUGAAAUGGUGUCCCGAAAUGACUUGGCUCAUCUACCUGUGGGUGGAGGCGAUGGCGGUUUCCUACAGGCUUUUGAUGGCCCCAGAGCAGAACCCCAGCAACACCACCAGCACCAGCGUCCGCCUGAUCUCCACUCUCCUCCUCCUCGUCCUCCUCCUCCGCCCGUUCCCCCUCAACAGCCUCAGCCUCCCGCCUCCCUGCCCCCUCUCCUCUUCCCCUUCACCUGCCGCCUGUGCGGCGUCGCCCUGGACGACGAGGACGGUUCCUCGGCCCAGAUCUGCGCCCGCUGCACCCUCGAGCUCCUCACCAAGGACUCGAGCGGGCCGGGCGAACGGUCCGGCGGCGCCAGCGAGCGGGUGUACACGUGCGCGGCGUGCCCCUUCCUCACGCACUACCCCAACCACCUGGCGCGACACAUGAAGACGCACAGCGGCGAGAAGCCGUACAAGUGUCCGCAGUGCGACUACGCCUCGGCGCACUUCGACAACCUCAAGCGGCACCACCGCGUGCACACGGGCGAGAAGCCCUACAAGUGCCACCUGUGCGAAUACGCCUGCGGCAACCUGGCCAACCUCAAGCGGCACCAGCGCGUGCACUCGGGCGCCAAGCCCUUCCAGUGCGCACUGUGCAGCUACAGCUGCAACCAGAGCAUGAACCUCAAGCGCCACAUGCUGCGCCACACCGGCGAGAAGCCGCACAAGUGCCAGGAGUGCGGCUACACCACGGGCCACUGGGACAACUACAAGCGGCACCAGAAGAAGCACGGGCUGGCCGCCGACGGCUGGGUCAAGGUGCAGCUGCCCGGGGGCGAGGAAGGCGAGGAGGACGAGGAAGAGGAGGAGGAGAUGAUGGUCGAGGAAGAGGAAGGGGAGGUGGUGUAGGCAUACUGAACUGAUGGAUGGUGGCAGAGGUGGGGAUUUGGGGUGGUGUGGAGCGAUGAGAGGGGGGUGAGAGUUGGAAGAGAGAUGAGUAUGGGAAUGAACAGAUUUAAUGCAAUGAACAGAACAAACUGAUUUAAUAAAUGCGGUUGCCUAUGAGGUGAUUGCACUUUUGAGUGAAAUCGCUUGAGGAAAGGGAAGAAAUAACUUGAGCUGUGAAACAGUUGUAUAGUGAGAUUUCAGAUUGUUUUCAAAGGGAAAAAAAAAAUCUACCAGCAUAACCUUGGAUGGUGUUUCUUGGUGUUUGUUGUUCUUGUUUUUUUUCUUUUACCAUCGUGAGUGUGUGUCUCCUUCAAUCAUCCAUUGGCUGCUAUGUUGACCAAUUGUGCACAACUUAUUUUUAAAAUAUAAACUUUGUACACCAACUGGAAUGUUCUGUUGCCUUGGCGAUGAAGAGAACCUGUGUGGAGUGGAGGGGAGUGUCUGCCUUGUGUCUCUGCUUGACAGAACAUUCACUGCACACACACCCCCUUUGAGUCCUGUUUGCCAAACAUGCCACUGACACUAAACUGAAUGCUCCACGCACUGAUGUCCUUAUCCUGGCCUGCCUUGGUUCUGCAUUCACUUCUAGGAAAGGUAACACGUGCAGAAUAUUAUGGGAUGCAGGCAACACUGUGACCUUAUGCCAUAUAUUAUGUCAGACAUUUUAGAAAUGCCAAUCAUGUUUGAUUUUUUUCUCUCUCUCUCUCUCUCUGUCUGUCCGUCCCCCACAAAGUAACGCUCUUAACACAAGUUCUGAACAUUUUAAUUUAAUUUCCUCUUGCGCCACAGGGACUGGUAGUGACGUGGAGGCUGUUGCGUUUUGGCGGUUAGUUGAAUCUUAUAACUGUGAAAUAGCUGAUUUUGUUUUUUGUCUUGUCAAUUUUUUUUGUUGU